AUGCAUAUCCAGUCGAUUCCCAUGUGGGUGGGCAGUAGUGACAACUACGCCUAUCUGGUCAUUGACGACAAGUCCAAGGAUGCCGUUAUUAUUGACCCUGCUAAUCCCGACGAAGUUGCUCCCGUCUUGAAGCAGGCCAUUCAGGAUGGCAAAAUCAACCUGACUGCUAUUGUCAAUACCCACCACCAUUGGGAUCAUGCGGGAGGAAAUAAGCGAAUGCUCACAGAACUCGGCAACGAAAAGCUCCCCAUUAUUGGCGGAAAAGAGUGCGACGGUGUAACCCAGACGCCGCCCAACGGAGAUGGAUUCAAGCUGGGCAGCAUCUCCGUCAAGGGUCUCUAUACCCCGUGUCACACGCAGGACAGCAUCUGCUGGUUCAUGCAGGACGGCGACGACAAGGUUGUUUUUACGGGUGAUACCCUCUUUCACGGUGGUUGCGGUAGGUUCUUUGAAGGCAGCGCCUCUGAAAUGCACAAGGCUCUAAACAAGACGCUGGCCUCGUUACCCGACGACACCAAGGUCUAUCCUGGCCACGAAUAUACCAAGGCCAACGUCAAAUUCGGCGUCUCUGUAUUGCAAAACGAGGCCAUCAAGAAGCUCCAGUCAUAUGCCGAGAACAACAAGGAGACGCAGGGCAAAUUCACCAUUGGUGACGAAAAGGAACACAAUGUCUUUAUGCGCGUCGAGGCAUGUCAUGACGAAACUGACCCCGAAAUUCAAAAAGCCACUGGCGAGACGGAUCCCGUGGCCGUCAUGGCCAAGCUUCGUGAAAUGAAGAAUAACUUCAAGUGA